UCGGAGGUCUCAAUAUUGGCAAGUAUGCAGAUUCUGUGUUGACGUCAAUAUUGAUUUUAUGGUCACCAAGUGUUACUUUGCCCUUACCAGCUCAGCUAAUGGUUCAACUAUUCAGGAUAUUACAUGACGUCAGAGCACAUAUGUACACACCUUACCGACAUGCCACUAGGUAAAAAGUUGAGCAACGCCUUCACAGUUUACCUGUCGCCGUCUUCUGAAUGGGCCAGCGGGGGAGCACACAAGCCGAGAUCCGGGUCCUGCUCCUCGGUCUGGACAACGCGGGGAAGUCGACCCUCCUGUACAAACUGAAACACAAGUCGGCCUUCAGCACCGUGCCCACCGUGGGCUUCAACGUGGAAAUGCUGGACGUGAAGCGGCAGCGCAAGAACAUCGCCCUGACCGUGUGGGACGUGGGCGGCCAGGCGGAGAUGCGCCGCCACUGGGGGGGCUACCACCAGGACACCGCGGCCGUGGUCUUCGUGGUGGACAGCGCGGACCGCCAUCGCCUGGACGAGGCGCGCAAGGAGCUGGAGAAGACGCUGAGGAGCGAACAACUGCGGGAGCGUCCGCUCCUCGUCCUCGCCAACAAGCAGGACGUCGCCGGCGCCAUGACGGUCACCGAGCUCAAAGACGCCUUCAACCUGAGGAGGAUCUGCGGGGAGCGGGAAUGGUUCGUCCAGGCGUGCUCGGCCGCGACGGGAGGCGGACUGGACGAGGCCCUCCGGCGGGUCAGUCACAUGGUCAAACUGCCGUCAGACUCUGCGGCCGCCGUCAAAGAAAACAUCAAAGGCACCGUCAAUUACAUCCGAGCCAAGUCUGUACGUUGACUGGGGACAAUGACGUCAUCACCAUUGAUCAAACAGUCAUUUAUUUAUCCCGCCAUUAAAUUGCUCUGACCAAAUAUAGCAACUACAGCGUGACUCGGGGACAACUUGCAGACUGUUAAGUGUUCUCCAAAUACAACAAAACUGCACUAUGACAAGAUAAAAAGAGCCAAUAUGUAAAUUGUGACUAUCUAACCUUUUGGAAAAUUGUAAAGCAGUCCCUCAAUCCUUCAUUUUUUACCAUUACAUGAGUGUCGCACGCCUCAACUAAAUUACUUCCAGCGCUCUUCUUUAGAACUGUUUCAAACACUUUGUAAAUACUACAAAAAAAAUUAAAAAUGUAUGUAAUGUUUUACAAAACCUUUUACCAAAUGUUUGAAAAUGGCAUCCAUCUUCUUCCGCUUAUCCGAGGUGGGGUCGCGGGGGCAGCAGCCUAAGCAGAGAAGCCCAGAUUUCCUUCUCCCCAGCCACUUGGUCCAGCUCCUGCUGGGGGAUCCCGAGGUGUUCCCAGGCCAGCCAGGAGACAUAAGCUUUGUCCUAAUUCAGGGUCUUCAUCCUUCGAAGGGCGAAUUUGAAGGCCGCUUACGUCACAUGAAGGCUGUCCCAAUUCAUUCAAAUUCGAAGGCUCCUCCAAAUGCGCAUACUUUUCCCUGUAUUCGGCGAAUGCACCACGACUAUCCUUUGUGGCCUCCCAUAUCCCAAGAUGCUUUGCGCACCUUUGUUCAACCCAGAUCUAGACUAUCCCAUUUAACGGGCGACGCAUCCUUCGGAGAUGCCUCCGAAAGUCCAGCCUUCUGAGGCUGCAUAGGCCGGGUCCUCCGAAGGAUGCAGACCCUGAAUUUGGACACAGCUAAAGUCUUCCCAACGUGUCCUAGGUCUUCCCCGUGGCCUCCUACCGGUCAGACGUGCCCUAAACAUCUCCCUAGGGUGGCAUCUUGACCAGAUGCCCGAACCACCUCAUCUGGUUCCUCUCCACGUGGAGGAGCAGCGACUUUAUUCUAAACUCCUCCCGGAUAACAUAUCUUCUCACCCUAUCUCUAAGGGAGAGCCCCAUCACCCGGCAGAGGAAACUCAUUUCGGCCGCUUGUACCCGUGAUCUUGUCCUUUGGUCAUAACUCAAAGAUCAUGACCAUAGGUGAAGAUGGGAACGUAGAUCGACCGGUAAAUUGAGAGCUUUGCCUUACGGCUCUGCUCCUUGUUCACCUCAACGGAUCGAUACAGCGUCUGCAUUACUGAAGACGCCGCACCGAUCCGCCUGUCGAUCUCACGAUCCACUCUUCCCUCACUUGUGAACAACACUCCGAGGUACUUGAACUCCUCCACUUGUUUGAAAAUGCUUUUUUUUUUAAAUCAUGCAGGGGCGGAUAAGCUUAGAAAAAAUACCUUAAGUAUGUAUGCCACAAAUAUAGUAUAUUGGUUUGUGUGUGGGCUGUUCUCAUAAUAUAGAUACAAACAUAAUAUACAUGUAUAUUCAAUUUGGAUAAUAUCAUUGAUUAAAGACAUAAGUGUUCAGAAGUCAGAAGAUGCUUUGUGGAAUAAACUGUGGUCAUCAACAUUACAAUUCUAGUUCUCGCUUGACCUCAUCCAAUAAGAAGUUAUUGCUUUUUUGUUCCUCAAUCAAUGAAUAUAAACUACAUUUCAUGAAUAUUUAAACUCCAAAAAGAAAUGUAAACAUUCCCUCACAUACAUUUCGGUUCCUCAAGCCAACACCUCAAUUCCCAUUUCAUAUGCAGACUAAUUCCGUAAAAGUAAAGCAUAUCAUGUGGGCCAAACACUGAGCUGCCAUUAAAUGGAGUGUGUGAUAAGAUAUCACAUGGACUGUAAUGUGAUACUGAUAAUGAGCUUCAAGCACACCUGUGAAGUGAAAACCUUUUAGGUGACUACCUCUUGAAGCUAAUUGGGAGAAUGCCAAGAGUGUGCAAAGCAGUAAUCAGAGCAAAGGGUGGCUAUUUUGAAGAAACUAGAAUAUAAAACAUGUUUUCAGCUAUUUCACCUUUUUAUGUUAAGUACAGAACUCCACAUGUGUUCAUUCAUAGUUUUGAUGUGACAAUCUACAA